AUGGCACGCCCGCUGAUCAACAGCACCGUGGUGGAUGGCGCGGCCCAGGCGCGGACCGAGCCACUGCUGAACAUGGGCCAAGGCGGAUCCGUUUUGGUUGUUGCCGGCGCCGCGCUCCAACUAAUGGGCUCGUCGAUCUCGGGUUCGAGCGCGGUCAGUGGUGGUGGGAUCUAUGUCUCCGGCGCCGGGUCAAAGGCGGUCCUCGGAGCCGGCUCCGAGGUGCGUGGAUGCACGGCAAUGGACGACGGCGGCGGCAUUGCAGUUGAUGAUGGCGCGAGUGUCGUCAUUACUGGCAACGCCGUGGUUGGGGAUAAUGAGGGCGAGGCUGGGUCGGGCGGAGGCAUCGGUGCCGGCUAUGCCACGUUCGUCGAGCUGCAGCCUGGCGCCAAAGUGGCCAACAACGUCGCGGCCGGGUUGGGCGGUGGAGUGGCCUGUAUCGAGUGCCAGCUCAUUGCGACGCGAGCAAUUGUCAGUGGUAACUCGGCCAAGUAUGGCGGCGGUGUUGCGUGGUGCGAGAGGGGCGUGGUCACCGGCUUGAUGCGCGCAACGGCGUCGGCGGAUGUGCCAAUGGCGUCGAGUGGGGCAGUCGUGGGACCGCACAGCCUGGUAAGCGUGACGAGUCUAGUGGAUGGCGCAGACUUGUCGGGCAAUGCCGCAACCAAUGCCGGCGCCGCGGCUGUGUUGUGUGGCGCGCCGGUGGCUGUGCGCGGAUCCGGGACCUCAUUUGGCAGCACUGGCGACGAUGUGUUUGUGUGCGCCGCGUCGAACCCGAGCUUUGUGCCGGGUCGAGCGAGGCCCGACGACUUGCCAUGGCUCCGCACCGACGCCGCUUCCUUUUCCGCUGUUGCGCCGUCGAGCAUCCAUGGGCCGCUGGCAGAGUUGGAGUUUGUGACGCCCAUGCCGAGCGCGCUGAUGUCCGGCUCUGCCGUGCAAGCCAGGAUUCGCGGGUGCGACUGGCUUGGGCAGGUGCUUGUUGACCCACGACAGGAGAUUGUGUUGAGCAUCGACGAUGCCGGUGGGACAGCCAAGGUGAGUGGCCGCGAGAUCGAGGUUCUGGCCGAGGCGUCGGUGGUUGUGCCGCAGCGGGCAGUAGCAGUGAGCGCGGCGGCAACGCUUCCGCUGGCGCUGGAGUGGCGCAUCUCGGCAGCCACGGCGGCGACAGUGUCUGGCAGCCUCCCGGUUGCACCGCUGGUCGGAAUGCUCAACGUGACAGCGUGCAGGGUCGGGUUUGGUGGUGCAACGGGCGACGAUGGGUUUGUGACGUGUGUGGCGUGCGGCGAUGGGCUCAUCUCGCUUGAUCUCGGCCUCGGGUCGUGCGUGGCGGCGCCAACGUGCCAAGUCGGUGCACAGCGUUCGGGCGGAAGCCUGGCAAGCAACACAAGCAGUGUAUCUGGUUGCGUUUGCUCGCCGGGCUUUUGGGCCCCGGAUGGUAACGCAGACACCGGGUGCGAGGUGUGUCCACGCGGCGGGGUGUGCGCGGGUGGCGAUGCGCGGCCGGUAGCUGGGCCAGGCUUUUUCCCUGACGACUCUGACCCUGCGCUGUUUGUGUCGUGCCCGUGUCGUCGAUUCAGCAGCCGCCUCAACGCCGUGGUGACGGUCAUCCUUGUGCUCGGCUGCGCUGUGGCAGCCGGCUUGAUAUUGGCGUUCAAUCUUGCAGAGAGCGUGCGGUACAAGUUUGCGGCUGCAAUGAUCGGACUCAACGCGUUGCAGAUCAGCGCCAUGUACGGCAAGCUUGACCUCGACUGGGGUCCGGUGGCUCGUGUGUACUUUAACGUGGCUGCGGCGGUCAACAUCGACUUUGAGCUGACGAGUCCCGAGUGCGCGGCGGCGGCGGGGACAGACGUAUGGGUGCUCAAGUGGGUGCUCACACUACUGCUGCCGGUGUUUGCGGGUGCGCUUCUGUGCGUGAUCGGUGGCGCGGUUGUGUUGCUCUCCUCGCGGUCGAGGGGCGAAGUGAUUAGCGGCGUGGGGCGGGCGUGGUUCCAGAUCCUCGUUCUGCUGUACCUGCCGCUGGUGAACGCAGCGUUUGCGCCGUUUGGCUGCCAACGCGACGAGUCUGGUCGGAUGCUGCUCGGCGCCGAUCCGUCGCGGCGAUGCUUCAAUUUUGCGUGGUGGGUGGGCUUGUUUGUGCCGGGCCUUGUCGCGGUGAUCAUAUACGGGGCCGGAAUCCCUGGCGCUGUUGUGGGCGUGCUACGGUGGAAGCGGGCAACGCUGCAUGAGGCUGUGGUGAUGGCGCGGUACGGGUUUCUUGUGGGGCGGUUUGUAGACGAGGCGUGGUGGUUCGAGUGCGCGAUCCUGGCGCGCAAGGUGCUUGUGGUCAUGUGCAUGACGUUCUUUAGCCACGAUGCAACCAAGGCAUCGGUUGCAGUCAUGGUCCUGGUGUGCUCGUUGCUGCAAUUGGCGAUGGGCCGGCCGGCCAUGAAUCGCGAAGAGAAGGCGGCCGAGACCGAGGAGUACUUUGUCGAGGGCGGAUUUGCCACGGCGCGCCAUUCCGACGGUGAUGCUGGGGCCGGUGCGCUUGGCAUGAGCCUCGACACUGCCGUCGAGCUCCAUCGGCUUGGCUCGGAAGACCUACUCGUCGAGUCGUCGCGAGCCACCGUUGAAACCAUCGGCGUGGACGUGGAGAGCAGCAUGGAUUCGGCGGCGGUGUUGGAUUCAGUAGCGAUGUAG